CCGUGACCCGCUUUGCCCCGCGUGAGCGCACCAAACGACAUGUACCAAAGCAACGCCCCAGACUCCGUUUGUCGGAAGUCGGGUGAGGGGCGGUGACCCUGGCCGGCAAAGAAUCCCCAGCAAAAGGGCCAAGUACAGCGGGCGGCGCUGGAGUCAUGUUCUUUUUCCUCCCAUCACAUCAUUCCACGACAUCUUUGUUUUUCUUUCGAUCGCAAGAAUUGCCUUCAUUUGGUCUGUUUGGGAGAAUUGAUUCAAGGCUCAACGAAUUUGUUCAGCCUUCAUUUUAUUCCUGAUAAACUCAACUCUCCGACAUUCCGAUCAUUCUCCGGCGUCGGUCCUCACGCGAACACCACCACGCCAGCUCCUCCCGUUUCCUUUUCAUCAUCUCAAAAUCCAACUACAAUGUCUGGAUCUGGUGCUCCGGCCGAGGCCAAGGCCAAGAAGCUAGACCUUGAUGGUCACAACCUGCCUCCUUCGCCCGCUCCCUCCAGCCCCGCCAACGGUCGCCGACGAUAUGCUCUGGCGACUGAGCUGGUCUACACUGAUAGCAAGGAUCAAUAUGGAUCUUCAAGUGUGCCCAUCUAUCAAUCAGCAACAUUUAAGCAAACAUCGGCAAGUGGAGGUCAGCAAGAAUACGACUACACCCGCUCCGGAAACCCGACUCGAUCCCAUCUCGAGAGACACUUGGCCAAGAUUAUGAACGCCAACCGUGCCCUCGCCGUCAGCUCUGGCAUGGGCGCUCUUGAUGUUAUUACACGAGUCCUCCGCCCUGGAGAUGAAGUCAUCACCGGCGAUGACCUCUACGGCGGAACACACCGUCUGUUGACCUACCUUGCCUCCAACUCUGGCAUUGUUGUUCACCACGUCGACACAACCAAUGUGGAAGCCGUUGAGAAGGUUAUUACCAAUAAGACCGCCAUGGUUCUCCUCGAAACUCCCACAAACCCGCUCAUUAAGGUUGUUGAUAUCCCUUCAAUUGCUCGCAAGGCCCACGACGCCAAUACUAAGGCGCUGGUUGUCGUCGACAACACCAUGCUUUCUCCUAUGCUCUGCAACCCGCUAGACCUCGGCGCCGACAUUGUUUACGAAUCUGGUACGAAAUAUCUUUCGGGACACCAUGAUAUCAUGGCCGGUGUUAUUGCCUGCAACGACUCUGCUGUUGGCGAUAAGCUGUACUUCACCAUCAACUCAACUGGUUGCGGUCUGUCACCAAACGACUCAUUCCUUCUUAUGCGCGGUGUCAAGACACUUGCCAUCCGCAUGGAGAAGCAGCAGGCUAAUGCCCAGGCGAUUGCGGAGUUCCUUGAAUCUCAUGGUUUCCGCGUCCGUUACCCUGGCCUCAAGUCCCACCCACAGUACGAUCUUCACUGGUCAAUUGCUCGCGGGGCUGGCGCCGUGUUGGCCUUUGAAACCGGCGAUGCCGCCAUGUCCCAACGUAUCGUUGAGGCUGCCCGACUGUGGGCCAUCUCUGUCAGUUUCGGAUGUGUCAACAGUCUUAUCAGCAUGCCUUGCCAGAUGAGCCACGCCAGUAUCGACGCAAAGACCCGACGAGAGAGACAGAUGCCUGAAGAUAUUAUCCGUCUCUGCGUUGGUAUCGAAGACCCGGCUGAUCUUAUUGAAGACCUCUCACGAGCUCUUGUCCAAGCUGGUGCUGUGACAGUCAGCAUGGACGGCUUCCAUGCAACUGGUGCAGCUGCGCAAGUGGCCCAAACCCAAUAAAGGAACAUAAAAUUACAAAAGGGCAAGAAAAAAAAUAUUUAUAAUAACUGACAAAAUACAUCAGCACAGUCUCAUUAGGCGUUCCGGGUUCUCACACUUUUUGAUAUUAUGUAGUAACAGAGAUGCAUCAACAAGCUUGGGCCAUUACUGCGUGAUAUAAAUAUUUCAAUUACACAAUGCUACAAAUAAAAACGCCGGUAUGCUAAGGAAAACGAAGAACAAGAGGUGUAGCGCACAUUGUACGACGGCUAGAAGUCGAAUCGGUCCGGCAACACAGCCGGUGCCACCAACGUCCAAAUAUACAUGCCGUAACAUGCCCAUGCGCUGACAAUCUUGAUCCAACUGGCAGUAUAUGUGCGUCCAACGCCAGCAAAGUCGUCGCUGGGGUCCAUAUCUUUGUUAAGCGUGAGAAGGAAGGCAACCCAUGCUGUGGCAAGGAAGAAGAUGAUAUGGAACAUAGUGUAGCUGUACUGUGUGCCGGAACGUUCAUCAUCGUGCGCCUCGCCAUGGCCAUCGUCACUCUCGUCAUCCGACAAAAGAGCAUUCGCAGGCAGACUACCUUCUUCAACAGCACGGCGCAAAGCUUCCGCUCGCAUCUCGCGGCGGCUGCUGGGUUGUUGAGUCACCAAAUCAUGCUCAUCCUCUUCCGGUAGUCGAAUAGCGCCGUUGCCGCCUAGACUCAGGUUCUGGGUAGCAGCACGGGUGGUAGUGUAGGCAACCGUGAGCAUCGUAACGAUGGCGCCAAUAACCUUGGAGGUGUCGCGGGUUCCCCGGCCGCGCAAGAGGGGGUUGCACUUAUUGUCGUCAGGUUCCAUAGAGACAGCCGACAUUGUCAAGUACGUGCAGUAAACUGCAACCAUAGCGGCUUGCGCAAGUCCGGCCUUGGGAUUGUGUUCUUGAACAGAUGGGUUAACAGAAACGACCGAAACAAUGAGCCAAAGGAGCAGGUUAAUGGUAAUAACAGCUUGGUUCAUCGAGCAGCCAGAGUCUGCGAAAAAGAUGUAUUGCACAAUCGUCAUGGCGAUAGAUGCAAGGAACAUGGAAAGAGUCGAUCCAAUCAAGACUACCCGUCAGAAGCGUGAAUCUGUGUCCUCGAUUUGAGCAAGGCAGUAUUCGGCCCAGACAUGAGCAAGAUCAACCAGAAGAAUGAGACCAAGGAUGAGGAAUAGCAUGGCACCAAUCAGUGAGAUGUAGGUGCCCCAGAAAACAAAGAACUCGUCAGGGAUAAGGAACGACAUGACCACAAAGGCGACCCAGACGAGCAUUUUGGGACCCCAGUAGCCAUUCUGGAGGGCGGCGCGAGGAUGUUUUGAGGAAUUGACGCCAAAUAGAAGUCCGGCCAUGAUUAUGUGAAAGAUUCCGAGAGCAAAUCCGAAGCGUUGAACAGCAAGCCAGCCAUAACACUCGCCUUUCGGGCAGUUGAUUUUGACAUAGUCGAGCAUCAAGUGUUGCAGCUUUUCGAUAGCCCAUGGCGUGAGCAUAAUCCAGGAGAUGAUAGAGUUGAUUAGGAGGAGAAUAGCAUAUCCG